AAACAAAUACUGAGAAUCAGAAGAAGAUGGAUGUGAGAAUAGGGUUUAUGGUGUUUCUGUGUGUUCUUCCAGUGAUGGUCUCAGCCAUACGCCCUCACCUAACCCCUUUCUAUGUCAAGGGUCGUGUGUAUUGUGACCCUUGCCGUGCUGGUUUUGAGACACCCCUCACUACCUACAUUGCUGGUGCGGAGGUUACUCUGGAAUGCAAGGACAGAAUCAGAGCUAACAUUGUGUACAGCAAGACCGUUAAGACCGAUUCCUCAGGAUCAUAUACGAUCUUCGUAGACGCGAAUCAAGCAAACCAAAAUUGUGACGCGAGUCUUGUAACCAGUUCUCUACCUGACUGCAGAGAACCCACUCCAGGGCGUGACCACUCACGUGUUAUUCUCAAUCGCUACAAUGGUAUUGCUACCAAGGAUAGGUUUGUCAACAACUUGGGUUUCAUGAAGCAAAAGGUUGUAUCUGCUUGUGCAAAGAUUUUCAGGCGAUACCGAGAUAAUGAUGAUGAGGAGGAGGAUUCACUCAAUUCUUUGUUUUAGUGUUUUAUUGCAUGUUAGUGGGUGCAGAUUUGAAUAAUUGAGCGUAGGUUCUUCUUGAUCGGGCUACAGUUGUUGCAGUUCGCUAGUGAAUUUCAUGGUUAUGUAUUUGGCUAUUGUUCUUUUAUGGAGAGUAGUCAUGUUAAGUUUUUUUUUUCAUAAAUACUUUGAUAUAUAUAAACUUUUUAUAUUUA